UCACUUCUCUCUGAUGGUGGUCUCUGAGUUGGCGGAAUUCUGAAGAAUCGCGUCUGCAGCGCUCGAGCCAGGAGAGCAGUCAUGCGGGCCGUGACUUCCAGGCCGGCAGGAUUUGAACCAAUUUAUGUACAUUCUCCAUUCGCGCCCUAGGUUACGGGCUCCGAAACCAGCUCUUCUCUCUCUCUCCCCCUUCUCUUGGUCGCGUCCGCUGUGUCCUCGACGAUCCUCCGAAUCUCCAUCCGAUAAUGCCGCGUUGUUGGAUCUACAUUUCAAUUAUUACAGUAAUCAUAAUCGCUUCUCCGAUAGUUUGGCGCCUCCGCAGCGGCGGAUGACAGGGCUGCGCCGAGCAGCGCGGGAAGCGGUGCGAACAGACUGCUCUAUGCUCUAGUGGCACGCGGCAUCGUCCCAACGCCAAUAUUGGCUGGCUGCAAGCGUAAAAAGCGGGCUUCUCGACGAGAUUUGUUUUAAAGAGAAUUAAGGGCAUGUCGAGGGGCAUGUGUUGUUGGAUUCCUCUCUGGUAUUAUUUUUGUACUUUUUCAGUGUGUGCUGUUGAGGUCAAAUUAUAGCUUUAGCUUUCUUUUUGUUGAGAAAAACACCGCCAGUGUGGUGUCAUAGUAGCGAGUAGGUUGGAAUCCCGCGCUCAGCUCAGAGAGGAACUCGCGUCGCUAGCUAAAAUGCUAGCUCAGCCCUUAGCGGCUGGCGCGCCGAGCCCCUCCGUGGCGCUGGCAGGCGGACACGCCAGUCAGACGUGUUAGGGCGUUCGGCAGCAGCGCAUCACUAAAACAAAUCGAACUACCCCACUGUCAGCUUCAUACAGGCCAUUGCGAUGCCCGACAAGUGCCAAGUUUGUGGGAGAAGAUGCUCCCCUGCGGCGGGCUGCCAAGCCAACAAAGAGAAGGUCCACGCAGGAAACAACAACAACCCCCAUAAGUGCAGUGUUUGUCGCAAGGUAUUCUCAACAUCAAGCAAGCUGCAGUCUCAUUUGCGAACACACUCAGAGAAAAUGCGAGAAAAAUUGCACUUUGAGUGCUCUUUGUGCUUAAAGACAUUCUGUAGUUCCGCAAACCUGCGAGUUCAUGUGCGAGUCCACACAGGAGAUAAACCAUUUAGGUGCAGUGUGUGCGACAAAACAUUUUCACAAUCGGGCACCCUCCAAAGGCACCAGAUUUUACACACAGGUGAGAAACUAUUCAAGUGUGACGUGUGUAACGAGUCGUUCGCAACAGCGGAGGCUCUGAAAAGACAUUUGCGGCGCCACACAGGAGAGAAACCUUUUGAGUGUGCCGUAUGCUACAAGAGAUUUUCCACUUCUAGCGCACGGCAGGUGCAUCUACGAACCCAUACUGGAGAAAAGCCUUUCCAAUGCUCGUUGUGCCCGAAGAAGUACUCACAGUGGCCUAAUCUGUGGAGACAUGCUCAAUCACACACCGGAGAAAAAAAAUAUGAGUGUUCAGUCUGUCUGAAAAAGUUUGCCAAUGACUCUUGUCUGCGUAGUCAUCUGCGAACUCACUCGGUGAAGGAACUAAUCGAGUGCACUAUUUGCGACAAAAUGAUUGAUAAGGGAAGUUUAAGAAAGCAUCUGCGAACCCACGCAGGAGAGAAACCUUACGACUGCACCGUGUGCCAGAAGAAAUUCUCUCUACACGGUAACAUGCUAGUGCACAUGCGGACUCAUACAGGGGAAAAACCAUUCGCUUGUUCCUUGUGUCCGAAGAGGUUCUGUGGCUCAGGCGAUCUGCGGAAGCAUGAGCUAACCCAUACAGGAGCAAAACCGUUUGAGUGCACCAUUUGUAAUAAAAGGUACUGCCGAGGUUCUGUUUUGAAAUUGCAUAUGCAAACCCACACGGGAGAGAAGCCACACGAGUGCAAUGUGUGUCAUAAAAAGUUUUCCCAACUUCAUGGUCUACAGAAUCACUUGCAAAUUCACUCACGAGAAAGAGAGAAGCCAUUCGAGUGCAACGAAUGUCACAAGCAGUUCUCAACAUCCGGCGAGCUAAAGAUCCAUUUGCGAACCCACUCAGGAGAGAAACCAUUUGCGUGCCCCGUUUGUCACAAGCAGUUCUCUGUCUCUACCUCACUUCGGGUACAUUCGCGAACCCACACAGGAGAAAAGCCUUAUGAGUGUACCGUGUGCCACUUGAAAUUCACUACAACGGGAGCGCUACGGACUCAUCUGCGCAUCCACACCGGAGAAAAACCAUUUGAGUGCAAAGUGUGCCACAUGAGAUUCACUCAAUCUGGAGUUCUGACAAGGCAUGUGCGAACCCACGCGAGCGAGAAGCAAACAGAAUGCUCCGACCACUAGAGAAAGUUGUCUCGAUCGGGGAAUAUUUGAACCUAUUUGCAAUAUCUUAGGGAGGAGAAACAAAUAUUUGUCAAUCAUUUAAAAAGAAUGAAGUUUUGGUUUAUUUUCCUGUGAUAAGCAAAUAGAGUAAUCAUUUGCUUCGUUAUUUCGAAUGGUUUUGGUUUUUAGUUUUUGGUGUUUGCUGGUUCUGUUUUCAGAAAACUUACAGUUUAAAGAAUUUUGUUUCAUUUUGUGAUAAUUAUUGUCAUCUGUUUUGGUUCUUGUUACGUAUGUAAUGUAAUUUUUGAAAAUAUAUUUGAAUAAAUAAAGUUUAUUUGUUUAUCAGCA